AUGCUCGCUUUCAAGAAUGUCGAGGGUUCUAAACUGCAAAUUUCACGUCACACAAAUCCCAAAUUGAAUUUUGUUCAGGGCAAGGAAAACAUGCCAAUAAACUCCGCUUGUCUUUAUGUUUACCUACUUAGAAAUUGUUCUAUUGAGAGCUUCAUCCUGUUUAUUGAACAAGAUAAUACAAAAACUUGUCAAAUGCUUGCAUCUCAACAUAAAACUUCAAAAGUUAAAUUAGUUUUAAUAAGUAAAACUUGUUAG